AUGACUGUGAACGCUAUAUGCUACGAUGAUAAACCUCAAAUAAGAAAGAGAUUGAAAAAGUCCUUUGGAAAGGUAUGCAGCGCCAAAAUGAUUAAACGAAAACUACCAAUUGUGGGAUGGCUUCCGAAGUACAACGUCAACACAUUAGUACAAGACAUGAUAGCUGGAAUCACGGUGGGCUUAACAGCCAUUCCCCAAGGGCUGGCUUAUGCCAUCAUCGCUGGACUAUCUCCUGAAUACGGUUUAUAUUCUGGCCUAGUGGCAGGUGUUGUAUACACUUUCUUUGGAAGUUGUAAGGACAUAACAGUUGGGCCGACGGCGAUUAUGGCGGCAAUAGUCGCAAAGUUUGUGGCGUAUUCUAGUGAUUUCGCCAUUUUAGCUAGCUUUUUAGCCGGAAUAGUAGAGCUUCUAAUGGGAGUGCUAAAUUUCGGAUUUCUAGUAGAAUUUAUUUCUGGCCCCGUGAUCAGUGGAUUUACAACCGCUGCGGUGCUGCAGAUCGCCUCUUCACAACUAAAAGGACUAUUUGGAUUACGGGGCUCCGCUGGUACAUAUUUUGCAGAAUCAGCAGUAAGUUUCGUGAGGAAUAUUAAGACCACGACACUUUGGGACCCCAUUCUCGGUUUUAGCACAAUUGUUAUAUUAUUACUGUUAAAAAAACUUGGACGUGGGUGUUCGAUCACUGGUGGUGUUUCGGAGAAAAUUCGAUGUUACGUCUCGCUAAGUAGAAAUGCUAUAGUGGUGGUCAUCGGAAUGCUAGUGGCGUUUAUAGUUAAGAGGACAACAGGAGACGAGCCUGUCGUAUUAAUUGGUGAUAUCGUUAAAGGACUCCCCACUCCAAAACUUCCCCCGUUUAGCACCACUGUCGGCAACGAUAGUUAUAUCUUCGGAGAUAUGCUGCAAGUUUUCGGGCCUAGUUCAUUUGUAUUACCAUUUGUAGCAAUAUUAGAAGCCGUAGCCGUGGCCAAAUCUUUUGCGGAUGGUGUUCAAGUGGAUGCUAAUCAAGAAAUGAUUGCUCUCGGUUUGUGUAACAUCGUUUCCUCUUUUGUAAGCAGCAUGCCGACUACUGGUUCAUUUACCAAGUCUGCUUUGAAUCGUGCCUCUGGAGUUAAGACGCCUGCGGGUGGCAUAUUCAACUGUUUGCUUAUCGUAUUAUCUGUUACCUUGUUAGCUUCUACAUUCUAUUACGUCCCUAAAGCGUCACUGGCUGGUCUCAUUAUCACGGCUAUGAUGUCGAUGGUGGAUUACGAGAUAUUUGGCAGGUUGUGGGUGCACAGUAAGCGAGAACUUUGCGUUUUGAUUGUAACUAUUAUUAUGUGCUUAGGAGUCGGUUUAGAAUACGGUAUUGUGACGGGAAUACUUCUUGAUGCUUUGUUUAUUUUAUACAGUAAAGCGCGACCAACUGUUUACGUUUAUAGCCAAAAAGAGCCAAGAGCUGACUUGGUAGUUAUUACGUUAAACUAUAACCUAUCCUACUGUGCGGCAGAGCAUGUAAGAAAAUCUAUUCUUGUUGCUGCUGAAGGUAUCUCUUCAGACUCGUUAAUCAUAAUCGAUGGCACUAAUCUUCGCAAAAUCGAUUCGACGAUUGCAUCGACUCUCGCGACUGUUGCGAAUGAUGUAAACAAUAAAAUAUGUCCGUGUCUAUUUUUAAAUUUUGACGAGAAAUUAUCGAAAAUGUGUACCGCUUUGAAACCUCAAUUAGCGGAUAAGUUUUUCUGCUGUAAAAAGUUGUCUGACGUCGCUGAUAUGUAUUUUAAGGGUGUUUAG